UAUCAACGCGUUUUGUUGUUUAGUCGACUGUCAGAACUGCACACAGAAUGACAUGUCCCGAUGUACAUCACCGUGGGUCUGCCUCGAAAAGCAGCUUGAACAAGGUGUGGUCCCGGUGGAAAUCCUCUCUCGUGUAAAAGAGCAUCUGGUAAGGGUGAGACAGAACAUACAUGGCGGCGAUAUCAACAGAAGUAUUAGGCUGCUCGGUCGUCUGAUGGAUGCUCAAGAACGUCGAUUCAGCAAAAAUUCACAGCAAAUGAGGAAAGAAGAGGCAGUUGGGUUUGCAAAGACGAUGAUAACUUGCGGAAAUGUCCUGUUGAAUGAACGCACCAACAGCGCAUGGAGAUCUAUUCCGGAGAACCGAUGGUCUGAAGUGACGUCAGGAAUCCUAGAUAGUUCCGAGCGGGCAGCUAUCCUGUUGGCUAGGGUGGUGCCUGAAGAAACUCAUUGGAUAGCCAAGGAAAAUAUAGUGAUGGCAAUCAAGAAUGGCACUACGGGACCUGCUACAUUUCCGGAUCUUGGUACGUCGUCUUUAUGGACCAAAGUAAAGGACGGAAUCACCCUGCCGAGAACAGAGCAUCAUGUCAUCUCUGCAAUCUACAGAAAUGUAGGACGGUACCUGAAGCCCAAGAACAGGACCGUCAACUCUAGGAUCAUCUCUGCAACCCUAGUAAACACUACACUGGUAAACGGAAACUCUACCACUGGACCCAGUAUCGAUGGUAAUGUUACCAUUGUUCUGGAGCAUACCGAGCAGACAUCCAACGGUUCAACACUAUGUGUUUUCUGGGACGUCUUCCACGGCAAUUGGUCGGAUGAGGGUUGUACUAAGGCUACGACAAACACAACCCACACGAUCUGUGAGUGCAACCAUCUCACAAGCUUCGCUAUUCUGAUGGACACGACAGGACAGCAGGGCAAUGGAAACGGCAAUUCACAGGGCAAUGGAAACGGCAACUCACAGGGCAAUGGAAACGGCAAUUCACAGGGCAAUGGAAACGGCAAUUCACAGGGCAAUGGAAACGGCAAUUCACAGGGCAAUGGAAACGGCAAUUCACAGGGCAAUGGAAACGGCAAUUCACAGGGCAAUGGAAACGGCAAUUCACAGGGUAAUGGAAACGGCAAUUCACAGGGCAAUGGAAACGGCAAUUCACAGGGCAAUGGAAACGGCAAUUCACAGGGCAAUGGAAACGGCAAUUCACAGGGCAAUGGAAACGGCAAUUCACAGGGCAAUGGAAACGGCAAUUCACAGGGCAAUGGAAACGGCAAUUCACAGGGCAAUGGAAACCGCAAUUCACAGGGCAAUGGAAACGGCAAUUCACAGGGCAAUGGAAACGGCAAUUCGCAGAAAGGUAUCGACCAAGAGAUCUGGGAGUUAUUGAACUUAACGGCCUAA